AUGAAGUUGCUGUGGAUCUUGGCAUUGGCUUUGGCAAUUGUCGCCGUGGCAGGUGAUGAUGCUGAUUCGGAGGAAUAUUACGAUGAUGAUUAUAAUUAUUAUGACGAUGACGACACCAAUGAAGCUGGAUCUGUAGCUUCCACAACAGAGGCAAACGCCGCUGUCCCGGCAGCCCCGGCGGCAAGUGCUGACGACUCCGGCGACGACAUAGGAGCAGAUGAUUCUGAUACCAGCUCUGAUACCUCGACCGACGACGAUUACAGUUAUGAUGACUAUGGGUCUGACGAAAGCUCCAGCGAAGACGACGAUGGAUCGAGCAACUCACCCACUACAGGCACCAAGACGGGCUCGAAAAAAGCUAAGAACGGCAAGAAAAACGCCAGGAAAAACGGCAGGAGAAACGGCGGAAAAAGGCUUCGUCGCGCCACCACUGCUGCCCCAAAACGUAGCGCCACUGCGGCUCCAAAACGUCGCCAAGCAGCAGCCGCCACAGCCGCCAAGAAGCAAACGGCUGCCGUGAAGAAGACCCCAGUUGCGUCAGCCAAGAAAAGGCAAACAAACGCGGCCCAAACCAAGAAGGCCAAUACAGCCAACAACAAGCGCAGGCGUUCGGGAUAAUAAAAAGGAUUAAGAAGGAUUAAGCUAAUGAUCCGCGAUAAUUUCAAUAAAAUUUAGUUC